AUGUCUGGGCACGGCGCGCCCAGUCCAGCGCCUCGCAGCGCAAGCACGGGACCCAAUGGCCCCUUAACAACUCAAGCUGCUGCUCCCCUGGUCAAUGGUGUAGCUGGCGGGUCUGUUUCUGGUCCGUCUGGAUCAGCAUCGACUGCUUCCGGUGGUAGUGGCGGUGGCAUGUCCCAGCAGAAUCUGAAUCAAAUUGUGAUCGACUAUCUCGCAAAGAAAGGCUAUCACCGAACGGAAGCCACCCUGCGCGCCGAGUCCUCAAAUCAAGAGAUUCCCAAAGAUGGAGACCUCAAAACGACCCUUUCAGGACCCCCGCGUUAUUUCGAGAUGUUUACGCGGCUGAGUGCGUGGACUGAUGACGCCCUGGACAUCUACAAACCUGAAGUAAAACGACUACUGUGGCCGAUCUUUGUCUACUCCUACCUCGACUUGGUCAAACAAUUCUAUCCCAAAGAAGCAGCGCGUCUGUUCCAGAAAUUCUCAGAGGAUUUCAAGAAGGAACAUGAGUAUGACUUGAGGGCACUGGAGCACAUCGCGUUGCCCGAACAUGGAGAAGACAAGGUGGCCAAACUCUACCGGGACAAUAAGUAUCGCUUGUCGCUGAGUAGCGCCGCAUUCAACUACUUCAUGCAGUUCCUCGAGAGCCUUCCUCAAGCUGGAUUCAAGUUAUUCAUUUCUAUUGUCGAGCAGAACCUGGACCUGCGCCAAGUCGAGCGUGCAGCAGACGAUCGCUUCAGUUUCGCCGCCGUCAUCCAGCGGGGUAUCGGUGGACAGGACAUGCCAGCCGAAGAUGAGGGGAUCCCCGGUCACCGUCCUGGAAAUGCCGUCUCCUCGACCGAUCCGAACGUCGGCAACACCCUUGCCACUCUCAAACUUGGCAAACUUCCCAUGGAGAAAGAUCUCGAAGAAGAUGUCCGUGCAGAACUUAUGGACCUCGACGGCGCUGUCCCGCCUCAACCAGGUCAGCCGAGCCUGGUCCAGACUCACGAACUCGUCAAUAUCAAGCAAGAGGAUGAAGACGAAGGCCCCAAUCGAACCGACGUCCCCUUCCCCCCGUCGACUGCUCGCGACGUGGCAAUGGAAGUUCAGAAAAUUCGCGAGAACCGCGAUAGACUGAGGAUUGAAUCGCGCACCGGGGGGAUUGGUGUCGGAAUUAGCGUCGUCAUGUACACUUUCCACAAUACCCACGACAGUAUGAUUUGUAUCGAUUUCUCAGGUGAUCAGAGACUGGUGGCUGCCGGUUUUGAAGAGUCCUACAUCCGUAUAUGGACCCUGGAUGGUUCCGCCCUGGGCCCAAAUCUUCAAGAAAACUCGAAACGUCUCAUCGGUCACUCUGGCCCAGUCUACGAUGUCUCUUUUAAUCCCGCAAGCUAUAAGCCCAGCCCAGAGUCUCCCAAUACGGACUCAAAGUGGCUCCUUUCUUGCAGCGCCGAUGGUUCUAUCCGUCUCUGGAACCUCGAACCUGAUGUCUGCCAAUGCGUCGUUGUGUACAAGGGACACGUCGGCCCCGUUUGGUCUGUCUCCUGGGGCCCAUUCGGUCACUACUUUGUCAGCGCCGGCCACGACAGAACUGGCCGAGUCUGGAUGACUGACAAGAUCCGUCAAGUCCGUCUCCUGGCGGGACACGACGACGAUGUAAAUGUUGCCACCUUCCAUCCUAACUCCAACUAUGUUUUCACCGCAUCUAGCGACAAGACUGUUCGCAUGUGGUCCAUCAACAACGGGAACGCCGUUCGCAUGUUCACCGGACACACUGCUAUGAUCACCGCGUUGGCAUGUAGUCGCAAUGGCAAGAUCCUCGCCUCAGCAGAUGAAACCGGUGUUAUUCUCCUCUGGGAUCUCGGGCCAGGAAGAUUGUUGAAGAAGAUGCGCGGCCAUGGAAAAGGAGGUAUCUGGUCAUUGAGCUGGAGUGUUGAGUCCACCGUCCUUGUCUCCUGUGGCCAAGAUUGCACCGUGCGCUCGUGGGAUGUCACAGGCCCGGCCAAAGAGGCGGCCGCACCAGCCCACAAACCGGACGGCACUAGCGGGACCACCUCGGCCAAAUCAGAUAGCGCUCAUCCUAACGGAACGAAUGCGCCUGCGUCCAACAUCAACCUCACUUCUGGUACUGCAACCGGAGCGGCUGGCGUCGCGGGUGCAAGCGUCCAUAAGAAGCGUGGCAAAGACGCCGUCGUUACCAGCGACCAGAUCAGCGCGUUCCUCACCAAGCAGAGCCCCGUCUAUCUGGUUAGAUUCACCAACAUGAACCUUGUCCUUGCUGCAGGUGCAUAUCUGCCAGAGCAGGCCAAGUGA